AUGGAGAGUGCUGUGCUUACGCUAUGUCUGGAAGACUGCAAUGCACCCUCUGAACUGGCUGAUACCCUCAAUGCAGUGAGGCUGGGAGCAGGAGGAGUCAAUCCAUAUCUGAGAUACUAUGACAAGAGCCAGUGGUAUCGCAACCUGUUCCAAAUUCAAAACACACUCUUCCAUUGCACAGCCGAAUAUUUCCACAAUUCCUGUCAAUACUCCUACGCUUUGACCCCUCUCACCACAGACACCAUCUCCUCGCCAAUGGGACUGGGAUCUGACUCAGAGCCAGUUUCUGUUAACCUGUUGGGCCAGAAUGUCUACCUGGCCGACUCAAUGCAAUUUGUGCUUGAAUACUUUCUUCGCUUCCAGGAUAACCUACCAGGGACCUACUACAUAUCUCCCAGCUUUAGAGGAGAAGAUCCUGAUGCCACACACUUGAACCAGUUCUACCACGUGGAGUGUGAAUUGUUGGGUGACAUGGACAAUGCCAUUUCCAUAGCAGAGGGAUACCUGGUUCAUCUCACCAAGUCCAUGCUGAAGAAACACUCAGAUAUUAUUCUGAAUACUGCUGGGACCCUUACACAUGCCACAGCUAUGCUGAGUAAGCUGGAUGGAAAAACAGCACUACCCAGAAUCCCUCUCGACCAGGCCAUUCCAAUGAUGCCCUCUGUUGACUGCUUAGAGUGGGUACAAGAUGGCCACCCCCAUUUGGGCAGAAAAUUAACUCGCAAAGGAGAGCGGAUUUUGAUAGAGAAAUUUGGUGGUGCUGUUUGGCUGACUGAGAUGGACCAUCUAGGAGUUCCCUUCUACCAGGCAUAUGUGAAGGGCACUGGACGGUGCAAAGCCAAAGCUGCUGACCUUUUGCUGGGGCUGGGUGAGACUGUGGGUCUUGGUGAACGCCAUUCAACCCCUGAAAUGGUACAAGAUGCCCUGAGGCAUCAUGCAGUGCCAGAGCAGUCUUACAAAUGGUACAUUAAAAUGCGACAAGUGAAACCACUCCUCACUAGUGGAUGGGGUAUGGGAACGGAACGUUACUUGUGUUGGUUACUUCAGCAUGAUGACAUCAGAGAUAUGCAUAUCAUACCAAGGAUGAAAGGAAUGAAGUACAUGCCUUGAUCAUAGGUCCUCCAAAGAGUUUUAGGCCACAAGAGGUGAUAUGUUGUCAACAAUGAGACCCUAAAUCCUACAAUGCCUUAUUCAUCCCUUAAGUGGAACUUGGAUUUAGAUUUGAGCUUCAUUUAAUAUUUCAUCCUGUGCCAGGGGCUUAAAUAAGUUUGUUGCAGCUUUUAUAUCCACCUGCCUUUUGAAAGCCUCAAAUAUUUUUAGAAUUGCGACACAAAAGAUAAUAUCAUUUAAAGAUUGAGAAUGUCAAAUGUAAAUAAAAAGUAAUUCUUGAAAUGU